UCUAUAAAAUAGCUGUUAGAACUCUUUGCCUCUACGGUAUUCUUAGUUUUGCAAGGCAAAUUAACAUGCAGGCACCUGCAGCUGAAUCCUCAUCAUGGACUUCCUAUAUACAUUUGGUUCAGCACUUGAUUGAGAAGUGUUUGCUGUUUAACAUGGAUCAACAGGAAUGUGCUGACACACUCUCUAAGCACGCCAAUAUUCAACCCACCAUAACCGUUACGGUGUGGAUUGAAUUGGAAAAGGAGAACAAAGAGUUCUUCUCCAGGUAUAUGGAAAAGAGAGGAGAAAAUCCAAGGCAGGAACUGAAGCAGAUGUUAGAUGAUAUAACCGCUAGAUUUGAUAAACUCACCCUCUGAAUAGUUUUCUACCCUGCAAUCUGUUGUACAGGCUCACUUUGUUUUAUGGGCAAUUAAAAAUAAACAUUUAUUAAUAUAGUACAAGUUAUUAUUGACAGCAUAUUGUAAAGAA